AUGGCCACAGAGCCAGGCCAGAUCCGCCCAGUCCCCAACUCAACAACCCCCUACUGGCGCAGCGACCCCCACCGUCUCGACGAACACCGCUCCACAGCGCACCUUCCCCAAGAAGCAGACAUCGUGAUUAUCGGAACCGGCAUCGCCGGCGUCUCCACAGCAUACCACCUCGUCGGCUCCAACAAAAACAACGGGGAGACGUCCCAACGCGGACCCUCCAUCCUCCUCCUCGAAGCACGACAGGUCUGCUCGGGCGCGACCGGCCGCAACGGCGGGCACAUCAAGAAGCUCCCGUCGACGAUAAUCGACCUGAUUGACAAGAAUGGUCUCGCUGCCGCGGAGGAAAUCGUCCAGUUCGUGCGGGCGAAUAUCUACGGCGUCAAGCGCGUUAUUGAGGACGAAGGGAUCCAGGCUGAGGCGGAGUUGAGGCGGAGCUUUGAUGUCUCGCUUCAGGAGGGCGAUGCAGAGAGUGUGAAGAGGAAUUUUCACGAGCAGUUGCGGUCGGGGUUCCCACUUACGGAGGAUGUUGGAUAUGUUGGCGAGGAGUUUGCGGAGCGCAUAACGUCCAUCCACGGCGCAAAAGCAGCUCUCAGUACACCCGUCCUAUCACUGUGGCCGUACAAGUUCGUGACGCAGCUCCUCGAGCGAACCCUAAAUAAGGGCAAUGUGAACCUGCAAACGAACACACCCGUAACAAGCAUCGAAACCCACAUCAACGGCAACGACCAGAACCAACAGAUUUAUACCAUCAAGACCGACCGCGGCAGCAUCAAAACGCCAACAAUCAUCCUCGCAACAAACGGAUACACCGCCGGCCUCCUCCCGCAAUACCGGUCCAUCAUCACGCCCGCCAAAGCCACGGCCUCGCACAUCACGGUUCCAGAAGGCAAGUCCGCGCCUGCGCCGUCUCUUUCGAAUACAUACAACAUCCGCUACGCACCCAAUCGGGUGGACUACCUCAACCCGCGACCCGACGGAGGUAUCGUCGUCGGCGGCGGGCAAUGGACAUACCGCGAGAACCGCGCGCUUUGGUGGGAUGUCUACGAUGACUCGACGCUGAUUGAGCCGGCGAGACAUUACUUUGACGAACUGAUGCAGCGCGUUUUCAGGGGUUGGGAGGAUUCCGGUGCGGAGACGGAGAGUGUAUGGACGGGGAUCCAAGGAAUCACGCCAGACGGACAACCGCACAUCGGCAAGGUCCCUGGUAGCUCGGGGCUGUAUAUCCUGGCAGGAUAUAACGGGGGAGGCAUGGCGUAUGCGUUUGAGGCCGCCCGUGGUGUAGCGCGGAUGGUGAGAGAUGAGAUUUGCUUUGAAGAGACGGGGAUACCAAAGUGCAUGAAGACGACGGAGGCCCGGAUCGCACGAUAG